AUGGUAAUAAAGCUUCUUUUCACGGGCCUGUUUGGCCCGUGUGAGGGCUUUGUCCUCUAUAACAGGAGACUAAACCACAAGAUAAACUUAUUUUCAGGUGCAAGCUCUGGUAUUGGAGCAGGAACUGCCAUAUUGUUUUGUAAGCUGGGUGCAGAAGUUGCUAUUACAGGUAGAAACGUUGAAAAUUUGUCUAAAACAGCUGAUGAAUGCGAGAAAAGUAAUGGAAAAAAGCCAUUUAAAUUGGCUGGAGAUUUGACCACUGAAGAUUUUGUGAAGCAGCUUGUAGAUGAUACUGUGAAGCAUUAUGGGAAAUUGGAUAUACUAGUCAAUGAUGCAGGAAUUGUAAAAGUAGGCAGCAUAGAGACCACAUCCCUGGAACAGUAUGAUGAAGUCAUGAAUAUCAACGUGAGGUCCAUCUACCAUUUGACCAUGCUGGCAGUUCCUCACCUGGUCAAAACCAAGGGAAGCAUAGUGAAUGUGUCCAGUGUCAACGGAGUCAGAUCUUUUGGAGGGGUCCUGGCUUAUUGCAUGUCCAAGAGUGCCAUCGACCAGUUCACACGAUGUACAGCCAUAGAGUUGGCUCCAAAGCAAGUCAGAGUUAACAGUGUUAACCCUGGCGUGAUUAUCACAGAGAUCCACAAAAGAGGAGGGAUGGAUGAGGAGGCUUACCAGAAGUUUCUUGAGAGAUCCAAAACAACGCAUGCGUUAGGCCGGCCGGGGCAGGUGGAGGAGGUCGCUAACACUAUCGCCUUCCUGGCGUCCGACAGCGCCUCCUUCAUCACAGGAGCCCAGAUCCCCGUGGACGGGGGCCGGCACGCGAUGUGUCCGCGAUGAGGAAUCCAUUCAGCUGAUUCAGUGAUUAAUGGAGCUAAGACUAGACUGUUUUAUUUGAUGAUUGUGAUGCUGUUUAAAUCCAUUCCAAGUACAUAUAUUGCAUUGGUCUAUGUGUGUGCAUUGGUAUUUCGUCAUUGUAUUGCGUUCGUGAGCAAGAGAGAUCUACAAAUAAAAAUUGGAAAUAUU